AUGGCCAAGACGAGCAUCGAGGAGGCUGAGAAGCUGGACGGCAUCCCGCUGGCAAAACGCGCCCGCAUGUCGUGGGUCAGGCUUGCGCCCCAGCAGGAGGAGUCGUGUCUCAUCGAGGUGGUGGACGACGAGAUGAUGCUGUUGGAGGAAUCCACCGAGACGAUCUACAUGCUGGCUUUCAAGGGGAAGGUUCCCGCCAUCGUGGAGGGGAAGCUCACGUCCGAGCAGCGGGAGCAGUUCUACGCGGCGAAGCUGGAGGCCCUCGAGGCGUUCAAUAAGAACGACGGCUGGGGGCCCAUCGACGAGGCGGAGGUGGACCCAGCGGCGUGCUGUCCGCUACGCUUCCUGCUGAAGUGGAAGGUGCAGGACGGGCAGCGAGUGGCCAACGCGCGAGUGCUCUACCAGGGUUUCAAGCACCGCGACGUCACCGAAGGCCAGCUCGACAAGGGGGCGCCCACUUUGAGCAGGCUUGGCCGGCACACGGUCAUGCUCUGGGCGGCCUUGAGAAAGUGGAGGCUGCUCGCUGCGGAUGUGAAGUCCGCGUUCUUGCAGGCCGAGGACGUCGGCGCUCACGGCGUCAAGCUGUACGCGAGCCCGACGAAGGAGAUGAGAGAGAUGCUUGUGCGCCGGAUCGGCUUGCAGCCAGGACAGUUGCUCAAGAUGAUCAAGCCGCGCUUUGGGGGCCCGCGGUCGCCCAAGCUCUGGCGCUACCGCUCCGACGAAGUCGCGAAGGAGAUCGGGUUCAAGAACCACUGGCUCGAGAAUUGCUUGCUGCUGCCCAUGCGGACCGCGCGACCCUCGGACGACCCGUUCGACGCGCGCAGCUUCGACGGCCAGACGUUCGUGGUGGACGGGUUCAUCGGCGAGCACGUGGACGACUUCACCGGCUGCGGCGAGAACGUGAGUUGCGAGGAUGACCUGCGCGCCAAGCUGGACGAUGCCGAGUGCUUCCAGGCGCGGCUGGGCACGCUCAAUGAGAAGUUCAAGUUUGGCAAGUGGGAGUUCGGGCCGAGCCUAGUCUUCACCGGCGGCGAGGUGGAGCAGUCCCUGAGCACCUACGCGGCCACCAUCAAGUUCGAGAAGUACCUGCACGCGGUGAAGCCCAUCACCGUGGAGAAGCACUGGCGGGCGGAUCCCACCAGUGCGCUGUCGCCGCAGCUGCAGUGGCCGGCAGCCCAGGGAGUUAUCAUCGCGGCGGCGACCGUAUCGUUCAGAGCCGCGGCGACUGGACACGCGACGGUGCAGGACUUGCUGGACGCGAACAAGGAUCUACGGUUCCUGAAGGCCAACGCGGACGUGGGGUUGUACUUUGGCUUCGACAAGCCGUGGAGUGAAUUGCGCGUUGGAGGAUGCUCAGAUGCGAGCUGGGCUAGCCGACCUGACGGAAGUUCCCAAGGAGGCUAUCAGAUCUUCGUCGGACCCGAGGACGAGCUCAACGCCGGCACCCCGACGCCGUUCGUGGCCAUGGAGUGGGCCCCGAAGAAGCUGGCGCGGCUGUGCAGGAGCUCAUUGUCCGCCGAGGCGCAGGCCGCGGCGAUGGGAGCUGACUCGCUGAUGUGGGUGAGGGUCUUUUUGACCCUGAGUCUGAGGCCCGACCUCGGACACGACGCCGCCAUGACAUACCUCGGAGAGUCGCUGUUCAUCACAGACGCUAAGUGCCUCUACGACGCCUCGCGGUCAGCUACGGCGGGAUUGGGCAUCGCGGAGAGGAGGACGGCCAUCGAGGUGAAGAUCGUGAACGAGCAGCUGGCGGAGGUCAACGCUAAGUGGAAAUGGGUGAACACCCAGCAGCAGAUGGCGGACGGGCUCACCAAGCUUUCGGCACGCCAGAUGAUGGCAUAUGUGUUGCGCCUUGGAGUUCACGCCUUGCGCUACGACCCCGACUUCGUGGCCGGCAAGAAGCUCACCAAGCGCGCGAUGGAGCAACGCGAGAAGGAGCUGGACCUGGCACGAGAAGAGUUGCUCGACACCUUCGAGAAGGCGCCCGUGGCGAAGGCGAAGGCCAAGGCCAAGACGCGCCAUUUUGGCGCGAGUGGAGCUCGUUUGGCAGCUACGUUGGCGGCUCCUGGAGCGACAAGCUCUGGAGCUGAGUUGGUGCAGUAUACGCCCAGCGGCGUCGAGCUGUUCAACCCACCGACCAACGACGACUGGAAUACUCUGCUGAUGAAGCUGGCCAUGUUCGGAUUGAUGGCGAUGCUCGUGGCUUUUGGCUGUGGAUUCUGGGUCGGCACCUGCUGGACACGCUGGACUACCACCGACACGGAGCAGAAAAACAUCAAGCCGCUGGAGCCAGAGACCGAGCCGAACCCCGGCAAGACGGUGAAGCGCGACGCCGAGGUGACCGAGAUGAUGACGACAGGUGUGAACACCAAGCAGCCUCGCCAGAAGAAAGCGCGCCACAUGAUGUGCCAGUCUCAGUGCCGCUACAACCAGGACGUGCAGACGCCGAGGUUCCAGCCGCUGCCCGAGUACGAGCUGAUGUGCAUCGUGAUGUACACCUUGCUGGGCGCCCGCGAGGCGCGGACUUGCUUGCCUGGCGAGAUCGACCGAUC